AUGUUGCAUUGCAGUCCUAUUCCUAAACUGUACAAGUCCAUUAUUGAAGAUGUGAUUGAAGGUGUGCGGGAACUCUUUGCAGAAGAGGGUGUAGAGGAACAGGUUCUGAAAGACUUGAAGCAGCUUUGGGAAACCAAGGUGAUGCAGUCUAAAGCAACAGAAGGCUUCUUCAGACAUAGCCACCGUUCUCCACAGUUUACCCUGCAGUUGCCGCACAAUUUUCACCGCAUUCUGCAGGCUUCAGCAGCUUCUUUAGUCAUCCCAGCUGGCAGAGGUUUUCCGCAUUUCACAGCAGCAGACCUGGGUGCUUCACGAGCAGGUGCAACUCUUACUCUCCCUUCGGGGAUUGCUUAUCCUGUACAUGUACCAGCUGGAGUGACACUACAGACAGCAUCUGGGCACCUUUAUAAGGUAAACAUGCCUGUUAUGGUUACUCAGGCCUCAGGAGAUGCAAAUAUUCUACAUCAUCCUGUUCAGCAGAUAUUUCAGACCCUUGGGCAACCUCCAGUUCUGCAAGCCAACGUUGCCAGUGUCACACAGGUGAAUCCAUCUUCUGCCCAGGCAGCUGCUGAAACAUUGCAACCCCAGGAGACUGCUGUCCAACAGACCAUGGUAUUUCAAUCAAAUGUCAUGGAAGAAAAACACCUGGAGAACUCUGCCAAUGCUACAUUGGUCCAGCAGCCUUCUGUGAGUCAGCAGCAACUUGCAACUAGUGCAGUGUUGAAUCAGCAUGCAGACUCAACAGAAAAAUCCCAGGACAGCUGUCUUCACACAACUGUGUUUACUCCAGAAUCUUCUGAAGGGUUUCCUCCCACUGAAUCCUUGGCAAACAACUCGACUAGUGUACUGCUGGAUGUGGAGGGGCAGUUAGACAUUGAGCCUCAGGAGUCGGUGCAACAGCACAUGUCUGAUGAUAUCAUUGAACUGAUUAUCGCGGGCAACAGUUUGGAUGAUAACGCUGUUCUGAAGGACAGCAUGGCUUCCUCUGACAAGGUGGAACGUAUGGAGCAGAUGGAAUCUAAUUUACGAUCAGAGAAGGAUAUCUGUAGUGACAUUGAGGGCAUAAUUCAGCUAGAUGGAACUGGUGAUGUUUCUCCCAAGGAAGAAAUACCACAUACAAAUGAUGAGGAAGAGAAUGAAUUCAUUGGCAUUAUUGAAUCAGAGGAUUUAAAAGUUCUGGAGGAUGAGGAAGACGAUGAUGAAGAAUGUGACAGUAUUUCAAACACAGAGUCUAGCAGCAGCGCUGGUGGUGAUGAAGAGCCUGAAAUAGAUGUAGUUGAGGAGGACCCCUUAAAUUCUGGUGAUGAUGUCAGCGAACAGGACACUCCAGACUUGUUUGACACUGACAAUGUGAUAGUUUGUCAGUAUGACAAGAUACAUCGAAGUAAGAACAAAUGGAAGUUCUACUUAAAAGAUGGAGUGAUGUCCUUUGAGGGUAAAGACCAUGUUUUUGCAAAAGCCAUUGGGGAUGCGGAGUGGUGA